GGAGGGGUUGUACAUAGCUGGAUUUUUACAGAUAUGCAUUGAUCUGUGCAUUAAAACGGUCUGAAAUUAUGUGUAAGACAUAGUAGAUGGUGCUCCUUUGUAAAAAAAUAUAGCGUAUUUUAUUGUGAUAUAUUCAAUACUACACAAUUUACCCUUUUACAGUGAACAAUUUAGAGUGUUUUAACAUUUUCAGAGAAUUGUGUAACCAUCACCACUAUCUCAUUGUGGAACAUUUUCAUCACUUCUAAAAAACAUCCUAUACCCAUUAAUCCGGUCACUCCCCAUUUUUCCAUCCUCCUUGCUCCUAGUAGGCACCAAUCUGGUUUUUUUCUGUACGGACUUGCCUGUUAUAUACAUUUCAUUAAAAUGGAAUUCUUUGGCCUUCUGUGAGUGGCAUUUUUCAGCGAGCGUAGUGUUUUCAUGACCCAUGCAUGUUAUGUAUCAGUACUUUGAGUUGAGGGACAGAAACUGGGAGAUAUUAACAAGAUACUGUCGAUCAUUUUGAUUUUUAACAAUACAUACUAAGAAAAAAAAAAAGCUACACAACUGCCCCUUAUGUUUCUGGAAACCAAGGAAAUGUGUAUAACUAAGGGAAUAUUAACCAUUAUUCAAAAGCAGGUUAAAAAAUACAGCACAAAAACUGGUUAUUUUCAGGGAUCGAAUAAGCUUUAGUAAUUAGAAAUCUAUUAAUACAUUCACCAUUAAUUAAAGAAAAUUAUGCCAUCACUAAAGUCAACACUGAAUCUUAAUAAUAAUUUAGCUGUUAAUAAUUUAGCAGUAGGUUUAUUGUUAAGUGUGCAUGACAGAUACUUCCAAUAAUGACAGAAAUAAGGAAAAUACACUUGUUAGUCAAUAUAUAUUUUGUGUUUGUCUGUAAAGGUAGAUAUGUGAAAUAAAUACAGGUUUCGAAAAUUGGAAGGGCAAAAUUAUCUUUAUUCUUAGAUGAUUAUCAUUGUGUAUCUGGAAAACUAAAAAUAGCAUAUUGAUAUAAUAAGGUAAUUCAAUAAGUGGUUGUUAGAAAAGUUACAUAAAUAAAUGAGUGUUUUGUAUAUAAUUAGAUUGGUAAUAUCUGUGAAAUAUAAUAGAAGAAUAGAUCCAAAAUAGGUGAAUAAAUUAUUUCAAUCACUUGUAUUAGCACCUAAGAAGAAUUGUAUAAUGCUCCUUUGAAAAAUACGUUAAAAUACCAGAGUGAUGUUAAAAAAAAAAAGUGGUGCUUAAAAAAUAGGAAAUUGUAUCUUGGCUUUUUUCUUUUUUAUAUACUACAACCCAAAUCACAGAAGGAAAGGAAACACAUUUUCAAGCAAGCCUCCAAAGCCAGAUCAUUAAAGAAAAGGGCUAGCAUAUUUAACUCGAUUAAAUGAAAACUGUGUGCAAAAUAUCAGCACAGAUAAAAUUAAAAAACCUAACUUUUUCGCACUUAAGAAGUAUGACAGUAAAAGGAGCUAAAUUUCCUAACACACAGGAUGUUUAAAGAAAGCAGUAAAAUCAAUAUAAAUAGGAAAAACAUAUGAAAAGAUGUCUCACAUAAAAAUUAAGACUAACGGCUAGUGCACUUUUAAAGCUUGCUCAGGUUUACUGACAAAUAUAUUCACAUCGAAAGAAUGAGGUGUUAUACUUUUCCUUAUCACAAUGUUAAGGAAUGCUGGUCCCAGGUAAAAAGCUAGAAUAAUCUGUGUCUUUUGAGAUUUCCUUGCAGCUCUGGAGAUAAAUGAGUUAACUCCUGUAACGCCCCUUUCCUUCUGAGGACAGUGUGGUGGUUAAUUUGGUUCUAUUCCCAGGGUAUGUUCUUACUCAACUCAAGGAGAAGUCGUAAAAAUAGGGAGGAGGCAUAGGCCAGAAAUCCAUGGUUUAGUCUACUAUGCCCUACUAUACUGAGAUCAUGUACUGUGGAUGGAGGAACCUGGGUAAGGUCAGACAGUUCUUGUCUGUUUCUGUCUCCUACAUCCCUUUUUCAACCCUAAUCAAAUGUCUUCACUUUUGUAUACAUUUUCUCAUUUUUAAAGUGUGGGUAACAGGUCAGCUGUGAGGCUCCAAAAUGAUAUGAGUAGGUGGGCAAAGUAAGAAUGUGUUGAAUAUUAGCUGUUAGUGUCAUCCCCUGGAAGUUCAUGAGAAGAGAUAGGAGGGGACCCCACAAAACUAGCCCUUUACCAGCUGUUGAACUUUUGUGUAUCCUGUGCCCAGUGGUUAAGCCCUGGGCUACUAAUGGAAAGAUUGGUGGUUUGAAUCCACCUAGUGGCUCUGUGGAAGAAAGACCUGGCAAUCUGUUCCCAAAACCAUUACAGCCUAAAAAAUCCUCAGGGAGAGUUCUACUCUCUCACAUGUGUUUGCUAUGAGUUGAAAUAAACUCAGUCACCUUUCAGCAAUAGAAAGAAUUAAGAUAUGAGGUCUAUUUUAAAUAAAGAGAAGCACCGUGCUAAAGAGGAAGGUGAAUGUGUCAUUUUUGCAAAAGCUGUUUUAUGAUGACAACCUGGCAUACAGCUGAGUGUGUCUGAGUCCACAACGUUGUGUCAGACAUUCUAGCACAGCAACUAGAAACCAGAGGUUUGGAGUGAGGCCACCUGUGUUCAAAUUCCAGCUUCACCAUUGUGUGAAGUGGGGCUAAUCCCUUAAACUCUUUACAGGUCCAAGCCUUCAGUGUAAUGGGCAUGUAAUAGAUUGCUUUGAGCACAGGUGUAAGUUAUGUUAAACACUGCAUGGAGAGAUCUUAGAACGUGGCCAUUGCAGGGUGAGUGGUCAGGAUCUCACUUUCCCAAUAGUGCGUUUCUCAAACUGUGAAUCAUCCCUGACUUCUACCAGCAUUCCAAAAUAAAAAUAAGGGGCUUUCUCAGAUCCCCUUAUUCUUAAGAAAACAAAACAAUAGGCUGCUAUACUUUGAAGAAUCAGAGUUGGGGAAUGGGAUCCUAGUCAACUAUAAGACACUUCCUCACCAUGACCCUGGUACCUAGACUCUGGGUUAUUUAAAAAGCAAGAAGGGGACCAUUCACAUGCAAAAUUAUUUGUGGGCCUAGAGAAAUUUUAAGAGGCUUCUCAAAAUAUAAGAGUCUUUAAUUUUAUUCUGAUAAUGAUUUGCUCUAGUUGAUUUAUCUGAAUCUGUAUAUUAGUAAACUCUUCCUUGAGUUGGGUCAAAGACAGUUAAGUAUAAGACAUAGUUUCAAAACAUACAGAUUGGGGUCCGUAGUGAGUUCCAGGGAAUUCAUGAUCAAAAAAAAAAAAAGAAAUGACCACAAGAUAGCAUUGAACAACGAUCUAUUUAUUGGUGUCACCCCCUCACCUUGCACUGGCAGACAAAUGCAAGGGGCGGUUCCCCACAGCAAGAGGUCUUCCACAGGCAAGUGGGCUGCAGGGAGCUGACUGCCGAUGAGUGAGGCAAGAACGUUCUUAAAACCAGUGGCGAUUUUUCCUUGUUAGAUGGUUUUAUUUCAUAAUUAAAGAUAAAUGAGAAGUAAAAUGGGUUGUCCAUCUUCCCUGGGUAAGAACACUGUCAUGCAGUAAGACCACCUCCUGCAUUUGGCUGCCAAUGACAGUAUGGUUGUGGCACCAAUAAAUAGAUUGUUGCUCAGUGCUGUCUUGCUGUCACCUCUUGUGGUCUAAUAAGCAGAAGGGUUUGCUGUAAGGCUGGGGAACAGGGCACAGGUAGGCUAGGACAAAAUGUGUCCCUGUGGGAAAGGGGCAGGGAAGCAAGGCCAGCACAGAGCAGCAUAUUCUCCCUCCCUCCCAAUUUUGUAGCCAAGAUGGAAAAAUUUACAGCCACACCUCUGUAUCUAAAAUUUUAUUUUAACCUUCAUUUCACUUGCAGUCAAUCAAUAACAUGUUGAAACUUUUCAUUCAUUCUCUUUAUCUUGUGUAAGUUAUUUUGUGUCUUUUCUUUCCCUUUCAUUCUUAUUGUGACUACUUAUUCCAGGCCAUCUUUUAAUAACUCAUACCUAUACUAUCAGGAUACUAUCCUGACUUGUCUCUCUACCUUAAAAAUAUCUUCCUUGCAAAGGUUACUAAAUAUGGGGAGCAGUUAUCUUUCAGAAAAUUCUACCUCUGUUACUCUGUUUUUAGAUAUGAACCUAUUAUCCAUCCCCUCAACUCUCCUCUCCCUCUUACCCUAGACCAAUUUAGGGACCCUUGUUCUACAGAGUGUUCUUCCUACACACCCUUCAGGCUGCCGAGGUUCUGCUUUGUUCACACCAUGUUGCCUGGAUUAAAAGAUCUCUCCACUUUUUCCUUCCAAAAUAUUUCCCAUUUUUCAAGUGUUAAUUAUUUUAUUUCCCAUAUUUUUUAUAUGAAAUAUACCUUAAUUCCCUCAUCUCUCCUGAAGCACACACUGUACACCCUCAUUUGUCCCAAUAGACAGCAUCUUGCAUGUUUAUUACAAUUUUUUGUUAAGAAAACAUGUAUUACUUGUUAAGCAAUUAAAAUGUAAAUUCAGAGCAUUGUUAAAAUAAUCAAAACUCAACAAAAUUGAAACAUAAGGUUUAUUCUGAGUAGUUAUUCUAUAUACAUAUAGGGAAACCAUUGUGAUUCCGAAUAAAAAAAAAAAGCAAACGGUGAGACUUAAAAAAAGAGACUUUUUUUUUUUUAAAAAAAAAAAAAGAGACUUAGGCUAGUUAAAAUGAAGCUUAUAAGUAGAAGAGGAGGGAGACGAAUAGAAGAUGAACCAUUGUCUAAUCCUAACGUGAUAGAUUGUAAGUUGCCCUCCCUGCUUUUACUGCAAUCAGUUGAUAUCAGGUCACAAGGUGGUCUCUGUCCCUCCACCCACCUGCAACCAUUAUACCUUUUGAAAUUUAAAUUAAAUAAAACUGGCUUUGGAGAGGAAAAAAAAAUUGGGGAUGACAGAAGCACCCGGCAAGAUUGAUUUGGGGUCAGGAAUUUUUAUGGCUAAUAUUUGAUUUUGUGGGUAGGAAAAAAUUGUAAAAUCAAAGGAAGAUGUCUGUUUCUAAUUUUCCUCUCUGACAAUUUUAAUUUUGAGAUAAACAACUGGAUCUCCAAAGACAAGUUGAGAUUGUUGCUGAGAGCUAAUUUUGGCUGAGUGAUGAUACAGCCAAAGGAGACUUUAAAGACAGAGCCAAAGAAAAGUAAAAGACUUUUUUUUUUUCUGGAGGGGGGACCUAGUUUUAAGAGAAAAACAACAUGAAAAUUUGGCAGUGAAAAAGACAAAGACAUUUGAUUAAUGGCUAGAUGCGAUCCAUAUACCCUUAAGGCACUGGCUCUCAAACUCUAGGGAACAUCAAAGUCAUUUGUAUUUAUCUUUUAUAUUUAUUUUGUUUCAUCUUAUCUAAAAAAUAUGAACUUGAAUAGAUGUUUUAAUUACUCAACACAAUUAAAGCACAUCUCACUGGACCCCAUGCCAGAGUUUCUGAUUCAGCAGAUCUAGGGCACAUUGAGCCAAGAAAAUUUGCCUUUAUAACAAGUUCCUAAGUGAUGCUGCUCUUGUGGAGCCAGGGGUCACUGGUCUAGGGAACUGGGAGCUGAGGACAGACAAUUUUGGUAAGAAGUAUAAAGUUAUUUGUUGCAAAUCCUGAGGUGAGUUCAUAGAGAAAAUGAAUGUAUGAAGGGAUCACACUGAUUUUGGAAAACAGAAGGUCAUUUACAGACUUCGUUUUGUUUUUUGUUUGUUAGCUGCUUCACUGGUUUUACAACAUAAGUUAUCAGUGGGUUUGUGGAGGAGAUAGAUGAAUUGGAAGGUGGUAACAGAUAUCAAACAAUUUUCAGGAAGUUUUGUUAGUGGGUAUGAAGUAUACGGUGGGAGAAAUUAUUUAUGGGGGAACAGCGUUAUGCAGAAUUGACUUUGAAGGGUUAGAUGAGUUGAUUCUGACUCAUAACCACCUUAUGUACGACAGAAGGAAACACUGCACAGUCCUGCAACACCCUCAGAAUUGUUAUACUUGAGCCCAUUAUUGCAGCCACUGUGUUAAUUCAUCUUCUUGAGAUUUCUACUUUUUUGCUGACCCUUUACCAAACAUGAUGUCCUUCUCUAGGGACCCGUUCCUCCUGAUAACAUGUCCAAAGUAUGUGAGAUGAAGUCUCACCAUCCUUGCUUCUAAGGACAUUCUGGCCGUACUUCUUCCAACAUGGAUUUGUUCAUUCUUCUGGCAGUCCAUGAUAUAUUCAGUAUUCUUCACCAACACCAUGAUUCAAAUGCAUCAGUUUUUCUUAGGUCUUCCUUAUUCCUCGUCCAGCUGUUGUAUGCAUAUGAGGCUAUUGAAAAAUGCCAUGGCUUGGGUCAGGCGCACAUUAGUCCUCAAAAUGACAUCUUUGUUUUUAAACACUUUAAAGAGACCUUUUUCUGCAAAUUUACCUAAUGCAAUAUGUCGUUUGAUUCCUUGACUACUGCUUCUAUAGGUUCUAAAACCAAAACCAAACCUGUUGCUGUGAAGGUGAUUCCAACUCAUAGUGACCCUUACAAAUAACAUCAACAUUUUUGCUGAGCUUUUGAGUAUUUACUUGCAUAAUGGUAUUCAAAAUGUAGGAAAGAAAGGAAAAAGUGAGAUAGCAAACCCUCGGGUGCAUAAAUUAUAUCAUGAUCAAGACAAAAGGCAUAACUUCCAUAUCGAUGGUAUUAAAAACAAACAAACCAUUUGCCAUUCAGUUCCCACUCAUAGUGACCCUAUAGGACAGAGUGGAACUGCUCCAAUGGGUUUCCAAGGAGUGGCUGGUAGAUUCGAACUGCCUACCUUGUGGUUAUCAUCCAAACGUUUAAUCUCUGUGUCUCCAGGGCCCCAUCAGUUGUAUAGUUUGAGAAAAGCAAACGUGCAUUCAUUGAAUAGAUUAGAUUAAGAAUCCAAAAUACUGGGCAAAAUUAUGGAUAUAGUUGGCAUGGCCUCAUAGUGGGAUUCUGCACAGGUUACCUCCCCUGAAUGUCACUUAUGAAUGUAUCAAUUAAACAGUUAUACUAAGACAUCAGUGUAGAUUCCAUUGUACAGUACAGCACUAUGGAUAUAUAAAGGAAGGAACAACUCUUCCUCUAAGACAAGUGGAAAUGAAGACAAAAAUAAGAGAGAAAGAGAGUAUAUUGGUGGAGAAACAAAGGAAAUCUUUACUAUUCUUAGCCUCGGAGAUGAUGGAGUAACCCACUGAGAAAGGAGAGAAUGGGAAGAGUGGUGAGAGCUAAGAACAGCUGGGAAGAAUGUGCUAGGAGAAUAGCAAGGUGAAAAGGAAAGCUGACCAAGCAGUAAUGAAUAACAACACUUAAUAAAUGACUCCAAGAAAUUUUAUUGGCCUAGGUAAUUAAGCAGGAAAUUUGGCUGAAAACACCUGAUUCACUGAACAAGCUCCUAGAAGCCAACAGCAGCAACAUUGUGGAAUCGGCCUAGAAGACAAACACUUCUAAGACAUGUGAAAUGAAUGUGAGUACUUUUUCUGCACAAUUCAAAUACUUCAGUUCUACUUUGAAGUGAUCAGUAAAUUUAGGGACAGGUUUUGAUAAAAUAUAAAAUGAUAGAGAAUAGAGGGUAGUUUUCUGUUGUCCAUGUCCCUAAUAAAUUGCCCAAAUAUUUCUAUCUAAGAUAUCUCAAAUCCUUUCAUAAGGUUUGACUCUAAGUGUCAGUGGUUGCUAUCUAUUUCAGAUCAUAAAGACAACUUUUUUUAAAGAACAUAAAAUAUAAUUGACAUACAUAUAUAAAGCAAGUACAUGCCAAAUAUUUUACUUAAUUCAUUAAUGAUUGACAGAAUUAGAUAUCCAACUGAUUCAGCAUCAAAAUGAAAAUUUCACGUAUAAAAGGCCAAACAAGCAAGGCUGAGAAAAAUAACAAGUAGGUGCAAAACAGGUCUAUCUACAGAGAAAAUAUGAAUUACUCUCCACUAAAACAAAACUAAUUUGUAUUUCUAAGGACAAUAAUUUGCACUAUUAACAGUUUAAUACAACUUUCCCAAUUGUAGGAUAGCUCAAAGACAAAUACAAAGAUAACCCAGUGUCCUAGACAGGAAAAUCAGUUUUUUCCCUAUUUCAGAAGUUUUCACGAUUUUUCCUGAUACUGGCACAAAGAAGGGAGAUGAAAUGAGUAGUGAAAAUGGUAUUAGUUAAGUGUCUUCUUAUCAAAUAAUUAUGGUGAUAAUUUGUAUAUGCAUUAUUUAAUUGAAUCAAAAGAAUGAUCCAAUGAUAACGCUUACACAGUAGGUUGAAUAAGGGUACUCAAAAAAUGUAUAUGAGAUCACAAAGCUUGUAAACAGCUGAUCUAAAAUUUGUACUCAGGACUGACUGGUCCCAAAUUUGUGCACUUUCUCACUACAUAUUUCAAUACAAGGUAUAUGAAAUUCUAUUUGAAUUAGAUGUGGAAUAUGGGCCUUAAUCAACAUAGAAUGACAAGGUGGAUGAUUUGGACUUGACUGAUAACCAUUUUCAGUCAUUCAGUUAAUGGGAUUAUUUGUGUUCAAUUACCUCCUGAAGACUUGGUGGUGUUACUCUUGUAUGGCAUGGAAUACCUGCACAUGUUUCAGAGAAAGUGAACCUGAGAAAGUAGAAGAGUAAACUCCCUUGACUAAAUCACAAGUUGUUCAUUUUAUUUUUUUAGAGUCAUUGAUUAAACACCCAGAGAAAUGAACAACUUCACCUCUGUGACCAUGUUCUUCCUAAUGGGGUUUUCUGAUGUUCGGGAGAUCCAGAUCUCACAUGCUGUGUUGUUUUUGCUGCUAUACCUGGCAGCUGUACUGGGGAACGUUCUCAUCAUCACUCUCACAAGCAAGGAUCAUCGGCUCCACACCCCUAUGUAUUUCUUCCUGCAGAACUUGUCCUUUCUGGAUCUCUGCCUCAUUUCCAUCACUGUUCCCAAAUCCAUCGCAAACUCUCUGGCUAAUCACACCACCAUCUCAUUUCUCGGCUGUGUUUCACAGGUAUUUUUCUUCUUCCUCUCAGCCACUACAGAAGUAUCUCUACUCACAGUGAUGUCUUAUGACCGCUACGUUGCCAUCUGCCACCCACUGAGGUAUGAAGUCAUCAUGAGCCAUGGAGCCUGUGUGCAGAUGGCAGCUUCCUCAUGGGUCAGUGGAGUUCUCAAUGCAAUUCUGCACACAGCUUCUACCUUCUCCAUACCUGUGUGUGGGUCUCCUGAAGUUCAUCAGUUCUUCUGUGAUGUUCCACAACUGCUGUCCCUAGCCUGUUCUUAUAAUACUGUGGAAUUAGUAGUCAUUGUGCUCAGCCUGGUGUUAGAUUUUGGCUGUUUUGUGUUUAUUGAUAUCUCUUACAUUCACAUCUUCUCCACUGUUCUGAGAAUCCCAUCCAGAGAAGGCAGGUCUAGAGCUUUCUCCACGUGCUUGCCUCACCUCACUGUUGUGACUCUCUUUCUCUUUUCUGGUUUUUUUGCCUAUUUACGACCUUUACCCAAAUCUCCAUCACCCUUGGAUUUGCUGGUGUCGGUAUUCUAUACUACAGUGCCACCCAUCAUGAAUCCCAUCAUCUACAGUCUGAGAAAUAAGGAUAUGAAGAUGGCAUUAAAGAAACUUAAAGAGUGGGCAUUGCCCUUCAAAUUAGGAGAGUUAAUGCCACAUAUAUCAUGAUCUUUCAAUCACUGACAGAAUUGUCUGAAUAAUCUGGUUGCCUAGUCUGAAAAUAAUAUUGGAUAUUUAAAGUAAGAACUACCAUGAAAACUCUUUAAAUUGCUAUUAAUGGGCACUGUCUAUUAGUAGAUGAAGUGAGUGGAAAAACCAGUAGUUCCAUUUAUAAUUGGGCAGAUAUAUGCUAACCUUGUAUUUAUCAUGUUAAUUGAAAAACAAACAAUAAACAAUUAUUUUCCAGUUAGUUCUGACUCUUGGUGACUACAUUUGUGGAGAGUACAACUGGGUCCAUAAGGUUUUCAAGGCUGUGACCUUUCAGAACCUGAUGUCUGGCCUUUCUUCGGAGGCCUCUGGGUGAGUUUAAACAUUCGGCCUUUCAAUUAGUUGUUGAGGACUUAACCAUUUGGUGCAGUGGUUAAGAGCUAUAUCUGCUAACCAAAAUGUUGGCAGUUUGAAUCUACUGUUGGCUCCUUAGAAAUCCUAUGGGGCUGUUCUACUCAGUCUUAUAUGGUUGUUAUGAGUCAGAAUCUACUCGGCUGCAAUGGGUUUGUACGAUUUUUGUUUUUGUUUGUUUGCUGUUUUUUUUUUAAGACUCCUUAUAGGGACACUUUUGAAUUCCAACAAUGCUUCAUGACUUCUGGAUAUUCAACUCACUUAUGAUCAUAACACUAUUUCUCUAUUCCUGAUGUAGUGUUAUACUUUCCUGCUCCAGUUAUGAGAUUACCUUUACUUAGAUUUCUUCAGCCUAGUCCACUUUCUCCUGUUAGAUGUUUUCUUAAUACCAUUUCCCUAUCUAUCGUAGAACUUACCUUAGUUGUAAUUUGAGAUUUAUUUCUCUAAGGCUUUGUUAUGUUUUUCUUCAUUACACUGUGUGAUCCUUGUGGACAGGGGCUGUAUCUCUUAUGUCUUGCUUAGUGUGUGGCCUAGAAUAGAAAUAAAGUGAGUAUUUAUUUAAUAUAUUAAUGGACAAUAUCUACGUCUUUUCCUGGUCCCACAAAACUUUUAUUAUUUCUUUAUCAUUAAUCUGAGCUUAACCUGGAAACUCUGGUGGUGUAGUGGUUAAGUGCUACGGCUGCUAACCAAGAGGCUGGCAGUUCGAAUCCACCAGGCGUUCCUUGGAAACUCUAUGGGGCAGUUCUACUCUGUCCUAUAAGGUAGCUAUGAGUCGGAAUCGACUCGAUGGCAGUGGGUUUGGUUUUGGUUUUUGAGCUUAAUCUAUUAUCUCUAUAUUUGUAAUGGAUUGAGUUCUAAUUUAUUCCAAAGGUAAUGGAUUAUAAUAAGUUCUGUGGUAGUUAUGGACCUAUGCACAUAUGUAGUUCACAUGAUCAGAAACUGUAUUUUCCACAUGGGCAAAUAACUAAUGUGUUUGUGCAAUAUAGAGAGAUAAAGCAUUUGUGUGAUUGAGUGGAUAUGUAUGCAUUUUGUAGAAAAAAGUAUUUACAUGACUGUAAAAUACACUGGCUCAUGUUCAGGCAGUUGAAAUGUACCAUAUACAUGCAUGUUGUGUAGCAAAUGAACUGACCUCAUCCGCUGCGAGAAGCCCCAUUUAUUCUACUUAUAUCCCCGCAUGUUAGGCUUUUCUCAGUUUCGACUUGAGUGUCUCUUCCAUCCAAAACCAAAUAAAAUUUAAUGAUGUAUUUGUUGACAUUAUUGGGGAUUUGCAUUGGCAGAGUACUUUUCCUGGAAACGUGAACAUCUUCAAUCUUGCAUAUGGUAGUCAGAAUGGUGCAAAAGUUGUGUAAGUCCUAAUUUGCAGAACCGUAAAUAUAUUACCUUACAUGGACAAAAGGGACUUUGCUGAUGUUAUUAAGGUUAAGGACCUUAAUAUGGAAAAUUAUCCUGGGUUAUCCAGGUGGGAACAACCUAAUCCCAUAAAUUCUUAAAAUCAAAGGAACUUUUUCAACAGAAGUCAGAAAACCAGAUAGAUGGCAUUGUGAGAGGAACUUGACCAGCAACUGCUGUCUUUGAAGAUUGCAGAAGGUGUCCAUGAUUCAAAAAUACCCAUGGCCUCUUGAAUCUGAAAACUUUAAGGACACAAUUUUUCCAGAAAAGAAUGAAUCCCAUCAAAACCUUGAUUUUAGCCCAGUGAGACUCAAGUUGAACUUCUGAUCUUCUUUCUAUUGGGUCACUAUGAGUCGACUGUGACUCAGCAGGAACAGGUUUUUUUU